AACCCGGAACAGGAAGUGUGCAGAAAGCCCCGCCCCUUCUCAGUGGUCGCUUUUGAUUUGAAUGGUGCAGAGCUGGAAGCUGUGACAGAGGAGUAGGGAACAUGAAGGCCUUAAUCCUGGUUGGCGGCUUUGGGACUCGGCUCCGCCCCCUGACUCUGAGCGUCCCCAAACCUCUGGUGGAUUUCUGUAAUAAGCCCAUCCUCCUGCAUCAGGUGGAGGCUCUGGUGAAGGUGAGGACACAACCAAUCAGAGCCGGCCUCGUAUACGUUGUACGGGUUGCUAUGGGGCCGGCCUCGUAUACUGCGUACGGGUUGGGCGUACGGGUUGCUAUGGGGCCGGCCUCGUAUGCGUGAGACUUGCUGACAGAGAACUCGGAGCCGUUCUUCGUCCUGAACAGUGACGUCAUCUGCGACUUCCCCUUCGAGGAGAUGGUCACCUUCCACCACCACCACGGGAAGGAGGGGACCAUUGUGGUCACGAAGGUGGAGGAACCCUCGAAGUACGGCGUGGUGAUAUACGAGGCAGAGACGGGCAGAAUCCAGCGCUUUGUGGAGAAACCGCAAGUCUUCGUCUCCAACAAGAUCAACUCCGGAUUAUAUAUCUUCAGCCCGUCCAUACUGGACCGGAUCCAGCUACGUCCGACGUCCAUCGAGAAGGAGAUUUUCCCGGCCAUGGCUCAGGAAGGAGAACUAUUUGCAAUGGAGCUCCAAGGAUUUUGGAUGGACAUCGGGCAACCCAAAGACUUCCUGACCGGCAUGUGCUUGUACCUUCAGUCUGUGCGACACAAACACCCCGAAUGGCUCCAUGCCGGGCCCGGCUUCGUGGGGAACGUCUUGGUGGACCCCACAGCCAAGAUCGGGGAGAAUUGCUGCAUUGGGCCCAAUGUGACGAUCGGGCCGGGGGUGACGGUGGAGGACGGAGUGCGGAUAAAGCGUUGCACGGUCAUGAAGGGCUCGCGGAUCCGCUCCCACUCCUGGCUGGAGUCCUCCAUAGUGGGGUGGAGCACGGCUGUAGGACAAUGGGUCCGGAUGGAGAACGUGACUGUGCUGGGCGAGGACGUUAUCGUCAACGACGAGCUUUACCUGAACGGAGCCAACGUGUUACCCCACAAGUGCAUUGCAGAGUCCGUGCCGGAACCCCGAAUCAUAAUGUAGCGGUGACCCCGGAACUCUCCACAACUUCAGACUGAGAUUUUAU